GGGUUGCGCCUCCACCGUUGAGUCUUGAAUAUCCCAAAAGUUGAGUGUGAAGAAGAAGAGUAACUAAACCUAACACACCUUUUUUUUUAUGGAAGAAACCGAAUUCCGGAAGAGGAAUUUCUCCCCAAUCCCAUACCCUAGAGAGAGGUAGAAGAAUUCAGAGAGAGAGAGAGAGACAUACUGAGAUUGCGGGUGAGGAGAUGGGCAAGCUGACGUUCCGGCGGAAGAAGAAGUCCGCCCCGCCCACGCUACCUCCUCCUCCUCCGGCGAUCGAGGCGGCGGCGGCCACUACGAGUAAGGCGUCCGCGAAGAAGAAGGCGGUCGGCUCGCGCCUCUGGAUGCGGAUGGAUCGCCUCGGCCAGUCGGAACUGAUCGAGUGUGAUAAGUCUGUCAUCAUCAAGCGCGUCUCUAUUCCCGCUAGGGAUUUGAGGAUUCUCGGGCCUAUUUUCUCUCAUUCCUCCAGCAUUCUUGCUAGGGAAAAAGCCAUGAUUGUCAAUUUGGAAUUCAUAAGAGCAAUAGUUACAGCAGAAGAAGUAUUGUUACUUGAUCCUCUUCAGCAGGAGGUUCUGCCAUUUGUGGAUCAGCUAAGACGGCAAUUGCCUCAGAAAAUCCCUUCUAAAUAUGUGUCAGACCAAAUGGUCUCUCACGAUAAUGAAAUGCAAUCUGCCACUGCUGGACAAUGGUUAGCUGCUCCAGAAACUGCUGAAGGGUUGCAAGACGAACUUCCUUUUGAGUUCCAGGUCCUCGAAAUAGCAUUAGAGGUUGUAUGCACAUAUUUGGACUCCAGUGUUGCUGAACUUGAGAGGGAUGCUUACCCGGCUUUAGAUGAACUGGCCAUAAGUGUUAGCACCAAGAAUCUGGAGCAUGUGCGGAGUUUGAAAAGCAAUCUCACUCGUUUGCUUGCCCGGGUACAGAAGGUGAGGGAUGAAAUUGAACACCUUUUAGAUGACAAUGAAGAUAUGGCCCAACUAUACCUUACUCGGAAGUGGAUACAGAAUCAACAAGCUGAGUCCUUAGGUCCUGCAUCAAAUAGCAUUGUUCCUGGUGCACCUCAUCUCCGCCGGCUCAACUCUGCCAGAAGUGGUAGUCUUGUGAGCAAUUAUCUGAAUGACCAGGAUGUAGAGGACCUAGAAAUGUUGCUUGAAGCCUACUUCAUGCAAUUGGAUGGCACCCGCAAUAAAAUUCUAUCUGUGAGUUUUUUUUUCCCAGCACUCUAUGUAUUUCUUGAUCUUGGCACCCACAAUAAAAUUCUAUCUGUACGAGAAUAUAUUGAUGACACAGAAGAUUAUGUGAACAUCCAACUUGACAAUCAAAGAAACGAACUUAUUCAGCUGCAGCUGACAUUGACGAGUGCUUCAUUCGCUAUUGCAGUGGAAACCGGUCUAGCUGGGAUAUUUGGAAUGAAUAUUCCGUGCACGCUGUACGAAACCAACGGCAUAUUUUGGGAAGUUGUUGGGCUUAUGACGGCCGUGUGUGUGGUGCUAUUCGUUCUUGUUCUGGGAUACGCUAGAUGGAAGAAGCUCAUUGGGACUUGAGGUAUACAACCUCUCGACAAUAAUUGGAAUAGUAAAUACAAGUUUUAUUCAUGAAUUUAUUUCUACAUCCUUCAAUUUCUUCACUUGUAAUACUAGUUUAGCUAUUAUACGUACCAAAUGUUUCACUCAGGGUGUUUUAAUGGCCACCAAAUCCUCUGCUUUC